AUGAAGCUCAAACAUAUGCUGUGGAUAUUGAAUUACAAAUUUGUCGCGGAGGACCGAUGCUGUGAGGGAUACUAUAACGAUACGAUGGGCAACUGCAUGCCCAUCUGCAAAGAGCGGUGUGAUAAUGGAUUCUGUGCACUGCCGAAUGUUUGCGAAUGCUAUUCUGGUUAUACUAAAACAAACGGUGAUUGCAAACCCGCUUGCAGUUAUUGCCAAAACGGAGUCUGUGUCGCUCCAAAUCAAUGCAUCUGCAACAGGGGAUUUGAGCUCAGUAAUGCUGGCAAAUGCGUUCCGAAGUGCAGCGGAAUCUGCUUGAAUGGUGCGUGUGGCGCGAAUGGUGAGUGCAUAUGCGCGGAAGGGUAUUUCCGCAGUGAUGCGAUCAACGGCUUCGACGGACUAGAGAAUGCGACCCUUUGCGUACGUAACUGCGAUAAGCCCUGUCAAAACGGUAUAUGCGUUGGGCGUAAUCAAUGUCAAUGCAAUAACGGCUACAAACUUUCCAACGAUUCAUUUCGUUACGAGACAAAUAAUUGCGAACCGAUCUGCUCUACCGAUUGUUCCAAUGGCAAGUGCAUCAGACCGAACUUUUGUCAAUGCAACGAAGGCUUCCAACGCAUCGGAGAGCAGUGUGUUCCGGUGUGUUCUCCAUCCUGCGAAAACGCCGCUUGCGUGAACCCGAACAAGUGCGAAUGUAUCGAGGGAUACUUUAAAACCAACUCGUCCGAUCAUGUGUGCAUUCCGUCGUGCGAUCCUCCGUGUGAAAACGGACACUGCACUGGACCAAACCAGUGCAGUUGUACGAACGGUUACAUUCCUUCCACCAUGCCCUCCAACGCUCAUAAGUGCGAACCUGACUGCAAUCCGGAGCGCAUUGAUGUUCAGAAUGGCGUUUGCAUUGCUCCGAACGUAAUGCAGUGCAACGAGAAUUAUCGUUUCGGACUGUUGGAUGACAACGUUCGCUUCGGUUGCCAACAAACCUGCAAUCCACUCUGUGUAAACGGACGAUGUGUGGAAAAGGACCAGUGCCAAUGUUACGACGGAUACGAAUCGUUGGCCGAUCGAUCGCACAUAUGCACACCAAUCUGUGAUCCUCCCUGUGAGCAGAGUCGCUGUGUAGCUCCGAACGAAUGCCACUGCCACAAAGGACACGAACGAGACGGAUCGUUGGCUUAUCGUUGUGUUCCUAUCUGUUAUGCGGAGCAGGUGAAUUGUACCAAUGGCCGUUGCGUGGCUGUUAACGUGUGUGAAUGCAAUGAAGGAUAUUCCCUUCAAAACGACGGUGAUGGCGUGCAACAAUGCGAACCCAUAUGUGAACCCAAGUGCACAUUCGCUACAUGUACCAGCCCGAAUAAGUGUGACUGUUGGUAUGGAUACAACACGUCACAGAAUAACCCUUCAGCUUGUGAGCCCAUCUGCACGGGUGGGUGUGAAAAUGGAACAUGCAUCGCGCCAGAAAAUUGCAAAUGUUUGGAAGGAUACGUACCGCUCUUGGAUGAGCGCUCUUGCACUCCAUACUGUGAUCCACUGGUAGUGGACUGCGACACUGCUGGCAGCUGUAUCGCUCCUAAUGAAUGUAUUUGUUCCGAUGGCUACGAAUUACAGACAUCGUUAGUGCCUGCUCGAUGUACUCCCGUUUGUCCGCUGCUGCCAGCAAAUGGUGAAUGCACAGCGCCUGGAGAGUACCGUUGCAAGAAAGGCUACGAAGCUUUCUUCGAGCAUGAAAUAAACACCGAGUGCCAUCCAAUCUGCGAUCAAAGCUGUGGCAACGGUACCUGCACGGCCCCCAACCAAUGCACCUGCUUCGAAGGAUACAUCGAGGAUAUCAACGGAACAUGUGUGUCUAUUUGUGAGCGUGACUGUGACGGCGUCAGCGGUUUCUGCUUCGAUAACUUAUGCCAGUGCUUCGAUGGCUUCGCAAACCUGAUCAACUCAUACCUCUGCUCACCGAUCUGCACUGGAUGCGUGAACGGUGAAUGUCUCUCCCCAGGCGAGUGUGCGUGCUUUGAAGGAUAUGUAGUACACAACGAAACCGGUGUUUGCGAGCCAUUCUGCAGCAACUGCACUGAGGAUGCUUAUUGCAGCGCACCAGAAGAAUGUGUCUGCUACGACGAAAGCUCCACGUUCGUGGACGAUCAAAAUGUUGUGCACUGCCUUAAAACUGUACUGCAAACAACUAGGCAGGAAGACCGCACGAUUUGGAUUGCCGUCAUUGGCACGAUAGCCGUAGUGACGAUCAUAUUAGCGGCUGCUUACAUUAUGUACAAAAAGCCUACUGGAAGCUACUACAGUUCGGAAAAAAGAUCAUCAUACAACGAGCAACUUCAAUCACAUCCAUUAUCGUCGGUUUCUCCUUUGUUUCAAGUUAAAAUGAGCGAUAUUAAAAUCCCAGAUUGAUCCUUCGCCACCGCCGGAACUAGCCCGAAACGUUUGUAAGAAGUCCUUGACAAUAGAAUCCCACAAGUUAGUCUUAUAAGUGUCCUUGAAAAAUACUCCCGUAUAGUUUCCACUCAUGCUCGUGAUUGUAAAGCCAUUGGAACGACGCAUAAUUUUCCGUCGAGACAGCAGCAGCAAAAAGUCAAUGAAUAAAUAUUAUUUACGACCUGUCACGAUAUACGGUAGUGGUAGCAGGACCCUCAACCUCUCGACCCUACUUAGGCGCACGGGAAACCGAGAGUUCCGUCGCGACGCCAUGAGUUAUUUGAUAACGCCAAGGCAACCGGUUUGCCUCCGCUGAAACAGUCGUGGCAACGACGACAAUUCAUAGACCACCGAUAGGACAGUUUUCGCGCAAAAUGGC